GGAAUUGGAUGAGGAGCUGGGGAGUGCGGUGCGGGAGUUCUUGGAGGAGAGGGGGGUGAAUGAUGAUCUUGCGGAGUUCUUGCACGGGUACAUGGCGAAUAAGGAUAAGACCGAGCUGCUCCGGUGGUUGAGAAAUGUUGAAUCUUACGUCAAGAAAUAGUGAGGUAUAUCGUGAUUUUUGGUGUUUGAUCUCUCUGCUUAUGUUUCCGGGUUUAUUCUUGUUCUACUGAUUUACCACUGGGCUCACAUGCUGCUUUUUAUAUAUGUUAAUUUUUUGUUGUACAAGUUGUAUCCGUUGAUGAAAAAUGUUGGUUCGAUCUAAUUUAUAACAGUCUAAUAUGAUUCUACAUUUUAUUAUCGUAUUGGCUUCCUUGAUUUGGGAAGUCAAACUAUCAAAGGAUAAAGGAAAAGGUUGAUGGAA